CAACAAGAUAAAAUCCUUGUCCUUCGACCGAGGUGGGGAGGGGUGUCCUACUCACAUGACAUGGCUGUGACCGUGUGCCGGGGCGAUGGCUGUGUGUGAGGUUGCGUGUGAGUGUUGAGUCCUCCAGAGGCAGCAGACCUUCUCUGGCCUCCGCCACAGCAUCCCGGAAGAUGGGAAGCUGAAUAUGAGGAUGUGAGCAAAUGUGAGGCAAAAGGCAUCCCCAGACAUUCAAGACAAGAAGUGUUGGGAUAUUCGGCCGCUGAUCCUCCAUGGGCUCGACGUUCUUCAAGUUGUGUUGCUGCUGCUGCUGCGCCGGCGACGACGACGACGAUGAGAAGCAGCCCAUAGUGGGGACUCCGGAUCCGUUGGAGUAUUUCAGCCGCGAAGUACAAAAGCGCCGUGACGAGGAGGCCAACCUGUGGAGCGAGCCGGGGGACCCGAGCCACUCGGAGCGGGAUGACGACCGGACCCUCUACACGCUGCUUCAGGCUCGCAACCAGACCCGUAUGGGAUCCACGGGCUACCGCCGCCUGAGUGUGGACAUCGAAGCCAUGCGAGACACGCGCAGGGAAGUUCGGGAUAAGUGGAUGACCAUCCUGGAGAAUCUUGGCUUCAUGGCCGAGGCCGACUCGCUGCUGACCGUGUCGGCCGGCGCCUCGCUGGACCGCAUGCGCAACGCCGCCGCGGCGCGCUCUCUGCUGCAGACGCUCCACACACAGACGUCGCUCUUCAACAGCAGGGAGCCGCCGCCGGAGCGAUACCUCUUCAUCCUGGAUCGCUUGCUCUACCUGGAUAUUGCCGAGGACUUUGUGACCAAGGCCAAGCGUUUCUUCCCGCCCCGGGAUGACUCUGAGGAGGACGAGACGAAUCAACUCGGCAUCAACUUGCCGCUGCUGCUGGCCCGAGUGGAGGCCAACAUGAACGGCGCCCCCGACGACGACGACAGCGGGGGAAGUCUGGAGAAGUCCUGAACGGCUGCAGUAGCACCAGAUCACAGGCAGGGGGCGGCAGAUAUCAAGGUUAGAUCAUGUUCAUUAGCGUCACAUGACGAGACAACAAGUUGCCUGUCCAAACAGCUGACUUUGUUCAAUGAUGUUUGGAGAAGAGCAAGCAGUGUUUGAAAAUCCCCCUGCAGCCAUGCUGCUCUUUGUAUCUGUCCUAUUGACGUUGAUAACAAAUAAAGUUGCAAGCCUCCGGAGUCCAUGUCA